CGGGGUCCUUUUUGUGUCUAUAGAUCUUUACUUCAUUCAUUUUUUCCACAAACCAAACUCACCAUAUAAUGACGUUUCAUACGUCUUGGAUAUCAUCCUUUUAAAUUUACAUUUAAGGCUACGAGUUCAGAAAUUGAGUGUGAAGUAUAAUGGUAUCACACGUCAUUCUAAAUACCCGCAUGGAAAUUGUGCCAUGGAUUAAAGUAUCUGGCUCUUGAGGUGGAUUUAACAUUGGAUGGGGAGUAUCUUUUCCACCCAUUAAUUUGGCCUUGCAUCGCUCUGCAAUGGAUGAAGCGUGUUGAAGCCGCCAAGACGCUGAGUUCGGUUUAGGUGCCGCCCAAGGAAGAAAUUGGCGACCGUCGCUGGCGCGACAGUUCCAGCUGAGAGAAGUUCUGGAGUAAACAGCUGUCUUUCUACUGCCUCACCGUCAAAAUGAUAUCUGGCGGUAGAAACAAGGUGAUAUUGAAAGAAUAUGAAACCGUUGGAGCUGAAAUGACCAACGUGCCCGGCUCUUACAGUAGUUGUGAUGAUACGUACGAGGCGUGGCAUAAACGGUUCAAAGAGAAGUUCAAGGCUCAAUUUGUGAAGCUGACUGACACAGAGUCGGAGUUCGACCUCAUUGGUAUUGAUGCGCCGAUCGCUAAUGCUUUCAGGCGAAUACUUAUCGCGGAAGUCCCAAGUAUGGCCAUAGAGAAAGUGCACAUCUACAACAACACCAGCAUUCUGCAGGAUGAGGUUCUUGCCCACAGGAUGGGGUUGAUCCCAUUGAAAGCGAAUCCCCUGAUGUUUGAGUACAAGGGCUCCAGUGAAGAUGCUGGCAAGCCGGAAGACACACUCGAGUUUGAGCUGAAGGUCAAAUGCAAGGUCAACCCAAACGCCCCAAGCGACGCCGCCAACCCGGCCGAGAAGUACAUUAACUCCAAUGUGUACUCAGGUGCCAUCAAGUUCUGUCCCCACGCAACGCAAGAGGGUCUGUACACCGACGAGCAGGUGGGAACCGUGCACCAAGACAUCCUCAUCGCGAAGAUGCGUCCUGGCCAUGAGAUUGAUCUUAAGCUGCACGCCGUCAAAGGCAUCGGCCGCGACCACGCCAAGUUCUCGCCGGUGGCCACAGCCUUCUACCGGCUGCUGCCGGAGGUGACCUUGACCAGGGAAGUGAGGGGAGAGUGGGCCGAGAAGCUCCAGAAGUGCUUCAGCCCCGGGGUCAUACUGCUGGAGGACGGGCCGUCGGGAGAGAAAAUCGCACGUGUGGGCGACGCGAGGUACGAUAACUGCAGCAGGAACGUGUACCGGUACGACGAGCUGAAGGACGCUGUGGUGCUGGGGAAGGUGAAGGACCACUUCAUCUUCAGCAUCGAAUCGGUCGGUGCCCAGACGCCGGAGGUGCUGUUCGCGGAGGCGGCGAAAGUGAUGCUUAGGAAGUGUGAGAUGUUUAUUGCUGCGCUGGACGAGGCAUCAAGCAAGGCAAAGGAAUAAACCCGUGUUACAGUCA